AUGUUAUUUUCAAAUUUAGACAAACUAAUCCAAUUUGUCAUGUUAAUUUAUACUAUUGACAACUUUAUUCGUUUUGUAUUAAUCUCGUCAUCUGUAACUACAAAUAGAUUGCAUCUAUAUGAAAAUAUGAACCAGUCAUCAGAAUAUUUAAAAAUGAAUGGUUUGCAGCGAACUAAUUUCAAAUUUUCACAGAAAUAUAAACAUGUAAAUGACCAACGUCAUCAUCAACAACGUUCAGACGUACCUACAAGGUUGCCUUCAGUUCAAGAAUGUAUAUCAGAUCAAUAUAAUUACAGUGUUAUCAAAGGUUGUUUAUGUUAUUUAUUUCAAAGCACUGGAUUAAGUAAUGGUUCGUUUGAAUUUAUAACAAACUUGCAUUUAAAUUUAUUUUGGAACAAAACAUCCAAAUGCAUAAUUUAUACAUUCGUUGGUGAUUUAAAAGAGAUCGUACAUGUACGUUUACUGGAAUUCAGCCUGAAAAUGAAAAUACGAAAAAUUGGAAGUAAUAAAUGUACUACACAAUUUAAAGUUUAUCAUCAGUUAGAACGAGCAGAAUUGAUGAGUAAUGAUCAACCGGAUUAUGAAUUAUGCGGCCAACACUUAAAUCAACUCCCUGUUCAUGAAUUUCAUUCGUAUGGACGUGUCAUGAUUAUUGAAUUGGAUCAGAUCACUAAAGAGAAGCAAAAAGUUAUAGGAUUUUAUGAAUUUCUUGACAGAGUUGAUUCGUCAGUUCAAAAAAAGACUAAUCAACAAAUAAAACACAUCUGGAUGAAUCCAUCGAAACUUCAAGGAACAAUAAAAUCUCCGAAUUAUCCAUCAUUUUAUCCACAGAAUUGUAAACUAUUAUACAUUAUUAAUAUACCUGAAAAGAGAUUCCUUCGAUUGAAGUUUUCAGAUAUUCAGUUAGGAAGUAACAUGCCGAGUACCAAAUGUACGCAACAUGUGGGUGAUCGUAUAGAAAUCUAUGAAAAGAAUUAUUUAAAUAUUACACCCAAUUUAAUUUUGUGCGGGACAUCAGUACCACAGGAACAAAUAAUGUUCAAUAAUAAAUUUGAAGUGCAACGUGUAUAUAUUUAUUUUAUUACAGACCAUAUAACAAGUACAAAUGAGCUUGGUUUCAUGUUGUCAUAUGAAUAUUCCACUAAAAAUGAUUAUACUGAGAAUAAUAACAAAUUAUUUCUUAUUCGUAAAGAUUUAUCCGACAAGGUUGAUGAUGGUACAUGUCAAUUUACAAUUACAAGUUACGGAAAAGAAUCAAAUGGUUUUCUUCACAUACCAAAUAAUUUAAUUAGAACGAGAAAACCGUCUGAGUUAAACAACUGUAAAUGGAAACUUGAAGGUGGUUAUGGACAACGUAUACAAAUACGUUUUGUACGACGUCUAGAUAAUUCACAGCAAAUCUAUCAAUUUCAACGUUCACAAAUUACAUCAAGUGAAGUUAAUGAUAUUGUGUCAAAUUAUACGAAUGAUUUUAUUCAAUACGAUCGAGAAUUCGGGGGUUCCAUCUAUAGACAAAAACAUCAACCUGAUAUGAAUGAUAUACACGAAAUUAAAUCAUCUUUUUUAAACAGUUUAAAAUGUCCCACUUCAAUGACUUUGGAAUUGAUCAAUUAUCGUGCUGAUGUUUUAACUACUAACAAUGAUAUCAAUAGACUGUUAAAUAACCGGUUAAAUCCUAAUUUCGUUUCACAACAAAGUUAUUCAUCGUUAAAUUUAAAUGCAAUUUCUACUACACAAUUGACAUCACCUUUAAUCACCACAGAUCCCAUAGAGACUGUACCUUUAGAUCCUGUUCGUUUAUGCGCUGGGGAUUUUAUGACUUAUUCACCGGCAAGUAAGGGUUUCAUGUCUGGAAAUAUUCCACGUUUAGAUAUAAUUCUUAAGAUCAAUCAAUCUAGAAAUGGUACCAAUAUUAAUAAUGAUAAUAAUAGUGACAAUAAUAGUAGAAACAUGAAACAAAACUUUCAGAGUAUUCAGCAAUCAGAUUUAGGCUAUGAUGUGCAGUAUAAAUUUGUCACAGGUGAGAAAAUCGGUUAUCAUUUUUUAAGGGAAACUAAUAUGUUAAUAAUUGUCUCAAUGAUUAUUUUAAUUUUUUUAUCACCAAAUAUUGUUAGUGGAAAGAAUGUAACUGAUUAUGGUGUUACAGCUUCUUUUGGGAAUCAACGAAAGCCAAGUUGCUUCUUCGAAUUCAAUCGUUCUCAAUCAAUGACAGGGAAUUUCUCAUCACCAAAUUAUCCUGGAUUAUAUCCAAUUGAUAUCAUUUGUGAAUAUCGGUUUUCUGGGCUAAACCUAAGAAGAAUUGAUAUUGCAUUCUUGGAAUUUGAUGUAGAAAGUACUUCUAAAACUUGUACAGAUGAUACUAUGGGUGAUAAUGUUGAAAUUAGUAGUUGUUAUCCAACAGAAUUAUUCAGCACACCAAAACGUCGAUUAUGUCACAAACAAAGUCCAGUGGAUCCAUUCAGAAUUCAAUGGCGUCAACCGUGUUUAAACUUGAAAUUCUUCUCUAAUGGAAUGUAUGUGAGGACAGGAUUUUUCGGUGUUUAUGAAUUCCACGAUUUCGGCAAGUUGUCGUUUAUAUUAUUAUUUGGUAUUUUAUUUAAUCUCAGAUAUGCUCAACUUGAAUAA